UUUUAUAGCCUGUGGUGUUGGAUAUUAAAAAAUCUGAAACAGGAGGAUAUUUGGAUAAAGAUACGAGAAAUAUAUAAUAUAAUAUUUGAUCACAUAAAUAUAUAUUAUUUUAUUAUCAAACAUGGGCGAAGUGUCAUUAGAAACCACAGCCUACGCUAAAAUCAUACUACAUGCAGCGAAAUACCCGCACUGUGCCGUAAACGGGGUACUUCUGGCAGACGCCACAAAAAUUAGAGAUGGGGCCAAAAACCAGGACCUGGAUAUCGUGGACACCGUGCCCCUGUUUCACCAUAGCCAUUAUUUGGCGCCUAUGGCAGAAAUUGCUCUCACACAGAUAGAUACCGUGGCACAGGCCAACAACCGUAUCAUCGCUGGCUACUAUGCGGCAUGUGAGAACUUCCAUGACAACUCGGUGGACAAGUGUCCUGGACAGAAGAUCGCUGAAAAGAUUGUAGAGCACUUCCCUUCUGCUGUGUUUGUAGUGGUGGACAACAAGAAAAUGAUGGAGCACUUGGACACACCGGCCAUCAAGGUCCACAACUAUGCAGACGGGAAGUGGAAACUCAAGGACGCCAACAAGGUGCUGUUCCAGAGCCCGUACGUGCUGGAGAGCGUGUCGCAGCUGCUGCAGGGCGCCGUGCAGCGCGCGCUCGUGGACUUCGACAACCACCUGGACGACGGCGCGCUGGACUGGACCAACCUCGGCAUCGACAAGCUGCUCGCCAGCAUUGAUGCCAGCAACGACGACUGCAAGGACAAGGACUACCGGUAGAAACGGGUAGCUUCGCAUAUUGAUACCAUCAUAAAGUGUGUACUCCCGUCUGGCAAGGGAAACUGAUAGUUAAUACUUAGAUACUCUGAUAAGCAAAUUUAUAAAGUUAAAAGUUACAAAUUUUUCAGUUGCCUGUAGAGGCGAUUUUUGUAAUCAAACUCAGAGUUAAAGUGCGUGUAGAGAUAUUUUUGAGUACCUCGGCCGCUCAGAUAUAUCUGAUGACGAUUGUACCUAAAAACACUAUUAAUAAUUGUAUUUAUUAAUUUCAUUCCAAUCAACCCAUUAUACAAUUUUAUACUAUUAAACUACAUAUAUGUAGUCUAAAAAAGUCAUAUAAGGAGUUAUAGAGUUAUAUUAUAGAUUUUCAGAAAUGAUUUUUUACACCUACGAGUAAAACCCCAAACUGUUAAACAAAAACAAUUUUGAGCGAGUGGGCUCCCGUGUUAGGGACUUGGCAAAGCAACAACGUCGUUUAAAAAGCAACUGUAUCGUGGUAGUAUUAAGGUUCAAAUCUAUGUAAUAAUAUGACGCUCGUCUACAUUGAGGUGCUCGUCCUACAUUACCAAAACAUGUUAUCUUAUGAGCUUUUACAUAGAUAUCGUGAUAGUAUUAAGAUCUAUGGUGUAACAGCUCGUAAGAUAACAUAUUUAAGAAUUAAUUUGCUUUAAAUUUAGUUUUUUUUUUCACAAGUGUGAUGAGAAACAUUGUGUGUAACUCGGGUAAGAAUAUUGCAAAAUCGAGUCUUUAAUGCACUCUAAUGUCCAGCUGUCGUGCAUCUAAUGUUCCUCGUUAGCAAAUUUUCACUUAUGAUAAUACAUAAUAAUUCCACAAUAUACUAAUGUUUUACAGAAUAGGGCCUGAGGCCUAAGAAUCAUUUGUCAAUAUUCAUACUAUAUCUGUAUACCAAAUUAUUUUUAUGAAUAGUUUUUCUGAUAUUUGGUUGUUUAUGUUAUAUUAUAACUUAAUGCUAAGGUGAGGUUAUUUGUUUUAUGUAAAUCAUAGAAAAUAUAAUUGAAUAUAUUUGGAUGCAUUUUUGUUUGCACCAGUAAAUAUAGCAACAUUAUUAAAAAUGUUAUUAAAGUGAUGUUCCACCAA